UCGCGAGAGGUCGCGCUUGUCCUCCGACGGUUUCGGCGCGCUUUUGACACUCGACCUCGCUGGUCAGGAGGAGAGUACAGGAACACCGGGAAGACGAUCGGUGUCUCCGGUUGUCUGGCCUCUUUGUUCGUGUUGGGACUUUGUCCAGGGUGCAGGCGUCGUCUCUUUGGGUCUGACGUUGAGCUCCGUGUUGAAACCAGAAGAGGCGGCUGGUGUGGAGUAAUGAAAGUGGGGGUGUAAAGGAGAGUCACGUCCCAGGAGCUCAGAGCCAGACCCACAGCAGGAACAGCAAAGAUGCUGGAGGCAGACCAAGACCCAGCAGGUGCUGCUCUUGGAGUCCAAGGGGAAGAAGAAAUGGGCAGCAGGGACUUGAAGACUGAGGUUGUCAGAUUGACUCUUGAACUCCAGGAAGCUACAGAAGAGAAGCUGCAGGCAGCUCGAUAUGGUCUAGUCGUCUUAGAAGAAAGCUCUGCUCUGAAGAUAAAACACAGGCAGCUGGAAGAAGAACAUGAAGCCCUGAAAGUGGAAUUGCAACAAUUGAAAGAGGCUUUUGCAGAUUCUGUGAGCAGUCAGAAACGUGCAGCUGCUGAUGGAGAGUGCCGCGAGGAGAGCCUGUUGCAGGAGACGGCCACGAAGGAGGCUGCCAUGGCAACUCGUUUGGAAGAAGUACAAGCAGAGCUGAAACAAGCCCGCCUUGCUCUGAGCAAUGCCCACGCAGAAAUUGAAAGACUUGGAGUGGACUCCACCCAACUAAAGAAGGAGUGUGAAUGUUUGGAGGCAGAGAAAGGUCACCUCAGAGAUGAGAUGAAGGAGUAUAAAGUGCGUGAAGUCCGGCAGCUGCAAGACAAUGGAGAGCUGGAGGAAGAAAACAUAUCCCUGCAAAAACAGGUGUCUGUUCUCAAGGAAAAUCAGGUGGAGUUUGAAUCGAUCAAGCUGGAGUUGACCCAGAAGAACGAGGAGCAGGAGGAGCUGAGGGCUCAGCUGGAGGAAGCUGCCAGGCUCAGGGAAAUAGCGGAGAAGCAGUUGGAUGAGGCCCUGGAAGCCCUGAAGGAGGAGCGGGAGCAGAAGAAUAGUCUUAGACGGGAGCUCUCUGCUUUGACCCUUAACCCCUUUGAUUCAGUGGGGAACCUGGAGCUCCAUUUGGAUCAUCUGGAUGACAGCCAGGAAGAGGGUCAAAAGGGAGAGGGGGAUGCUGAGGGAGGGGACCAGGACAGCGGCUAUAAUAACGGUCCUGGAUCUGCUCCCAAUUCUGCACACCCUCCUCACUCGGGUGUCUCCAAAAGCAAUGGCCUCAUCCAACGCUAUUCCACGCCUCGCAACAGUGAUGUGUUUCUGCGGGCUCCAGCCUCAGGCCUGGUGUCUGACUUGCUUAGUGAGCUUCACUUUUCCGACAGUCAGAAGCUCAAACAGCAAUUGCUGCAGGCGGAGAGAGACAAGUCCAGUCUGGUUAGCAAGGUAGAGGAACUACAGAUGCAGCUGGUCAUGUCUAAGCAGGCCUUAGGCCAGCAAGAGGACAAAGUUGGGUCUCUGACCAAGCAGCUGGAGGCCAUGCAGAACAGUCAGAAACUCCAAGAAGAUGACCAAGAGGGUGCAGACCCAGAGAAGGCUAAAGAGGGUGAAGCUGUCUUUGAUUAUGAGGUUGACACCAAGAGUAAGGAGGUGCUGGAAGCGCGAAUGCGUUCCGCCAGCGAAGAGCUUCUGAAGCUUCGAGACGAACUGUCACAGGCUGGUACACGCUACAACAACUUGGAACAUCGCUACAAGCAGGACAAAGAUCGUUGGAGGUCUGAAGCCCAGGACCUGGCUGAUAAGAUCCGCCAAUGCAUCAAGUCGAGCCGGCAAGACCAGGAGCGGAUCAGCGAGCUUGAGAAAGAGAUCGGAGCCACCCGGAAGGUCGCCAUCGAUUCGGAAGGACACCUGAGUGUGGCACAGGAGGAGCUGCUGGCCUUCUCUGAAGAGCUGUCCAAUCUCUAUCAUCACAUUUGCGUGUGCAACAACCUGACGCCCAAACGGGUUACACUGGACUAUUACCGGGACAGCGCAAGGGCAGGCAGCAGUGGUGCUCGUCGACAACACCAGAUAUUUUCUUUGGCGAACUCGCAAAAGAAGGCACGAGCCAACGACAUGUUCAUUUCAAAAGCUGCAGCAUUGCAGUUCAUGGGAGAGGUGGACAGUUCAGGGACCAGUGGAGACUCAUCUAGCUGCCCGGGAUCUCCCACGCUGGAUUUCAGGGAUCCUUCAAAUGUCAGCAACUUGGUCGCAGUCAUUCGCUGUCAGAUCAAACAUCUCCGGGUUGCCGUGGAUCUCUGUCGACAGAGAGGUGCCAUGCCUUAUUCUGGGUUAAGCAGUAGUGAAGAGUCAGAGCAAAAUGCCGAAAGCCUUUUGGAGGAAGUGCUAAAACUCAAGUCCCUUCUGAGCACCAAGAGAGAACAGAUUGCAACCCUCAGGACUGUACUGAAGGCUAACAAGCAGACGGCAGAGCUGGCUCUCUCUAAUCUGAAGACCAAGUACGAGACAGAGAAGAGUAUGGUGUCAGAGACCAUGACAAAGCUCCGAAAUGAGCUGAAGGCCCUGAAGGAAGAUGCUGCUACCUUCUCUUCACUUCGAGUCAUGUUCGCCAGCCGGUGUGACCAGUAUAUAACACAGCUAGAUGAGAUGCAGAGGCAGCUAGCCGCAGCUGAGGACGAGAAGAAGACCUUGAACUCUCUGCUGCGAAUGGCCAUCCAGCAAAAACUGGCUCUCACUCAGCGUUUGGAGGACCUGGAGUUGCCUCUGUCACCUCACAGCCUGAACAGCAGCCCCCGACGGUCCAGAGCCAAGGAGCUGGCUGCAAAGUCGGGCCGAGCUCCGAGAAGCCCUCGCAGCAGUCCCGGUCGACCCCCACUCAGGAGCAGUCCACGGGCCAGCCCGGUUCUGGGCAGCAGUGUCCCCGCCAUGGCCACACACCACCUCAGAGCUCUAACACGAAGCCUCCACACAAGCCCCCGCUGACACCCUCCUUCCAUUACUCCAACCCCUCUCUUCUCCAUAAGGACCUGUCUUCAUGUUGAACUCCCGGCCUCCCUCCUCCUCUCCCGACUCGAGACAUCCUGUCCAUCCCAGAUGUGAUGCUACAUUACCCACCAGAACCAGGGAGUUCAAAGUAAACACUCUCAUCCCCUCCUCCUGGUUUUCGAUGUGUGAGCCAGAGAAACCUGCAUGCAGCCUUGAGGCGGAUGAAGAGACACAAUGUGCUGCUCAUCGCUCAGUGUCGUCAUUGUUGUCUCCAGUGGUGGUUCUCGCAUCCAUCCGUGCUUUCUUCAGCAGUAUUUAUUCCGACAAUGUGAGAUCUUAAACCGACAGUAUUACAAGACUUUCAUGGCUUUAUUUGGUAUAAUCUUGCCUUCAGUACGCCAUCUUGGUCAGACAUCUGUGCUGUGUCACUGGCACCUUGGCUUUUCCGUGGCGUACGCAGAAUUUGACCAGUGACCCUGAAUCACGACGUAUAUGUACUUGAUGUGUGGCCAUGCAUUUUGCUGGUUAAACUUGCCACAGCUGCUCAUGUUUUAACAUCCCUUAACUGCUAGUAACAUUAUGUGCCCCACAUUCUAAUGACCCCAGUUCAAUCUGAGAUAAAUACUGUAGAUGAAAUGUCCAUCUUGUGUCCCUGUUGCUUGUCUUGAGAUAAACGUUUGACCUCAGCCCGCAGAUGCCCUUUAAAGUGAUCUGCUUUAACAUGGAUUAGUAUUUUUAAAAUAAGAUUUUAAUUUUAUUAUGCAAGCAGGAUGGCAUUAAGUUAAAAGAUGUGUGUUUCAACUGUACCUUGUUGGCAAUAGAGGGAGGAGAAUUGAUCUGUUGCAUCACAUAUAAGCUUCUUUCCUGCUUGCCAGCAUUUGUGAUCAUCCUCCCUCGACGUGUAUUGCUCCAAAACUAAGCCAAUGAUGAUGAUAUUGGCCCUUGAUAAAAUUACGUUAAUAGUAUUUGGGAGAAAUAGUUAGAUAACAUCUUAAUAAACUUCCCGGCCAGUGUGACUAUAUGUGAUAGUUUGCCCAAACAUGCAAGAUGGACUGUGUUCCACUGCCUAUUUUAUCUCGUUUAUAUUGACAACUGUGAAGUUUGGCAAUCCUGUGGUUUGGCAAGACAUUUCUGCAGAGGUGUGUUCGAGUGCCUUUUUUUUAUCAUUGGUUUUUGAGACAACUCGUGGACCGUUUUGGCAGUGCAACAACCAGAGCAUUUGAUGACGUGGAGAAACUGAUAACAAUCACUGACUAGAUCGAAAAUUGAAUUAUAUUUGGAUCAGUGAUUGCUCUUCAGUGAACAAGGCUUGUUUCAUCUGGUAACUACGUAUAAAAACCUCCUCACUGUGUUGGUAUUCAGCGCACUCUUGAAGUGUACUCAACCUCAGCGAGAUGGAUUGAUCCCUCGGCUGCACAUAAAAGCCCCUGAACAACAAGAGUCCAUGGAAACCAUCACAGACCAAAGAACCUAUUUGCUCCUAUUGCUGCGCUUUCUAGUCAAAACAAGUCUUGUCAUCACAUUUUCUGAGUCAAAUUCAAAUCUAACACAGUUGUUGUAUUCGAUUCUUUUUGUUUUUAGUUGCAAUGAGAAAACUCAAGUUUGUGCACUGAAUUGAUUUCCACUUUUUAGCGUACCUUUGUAGUGCAGUCACUGAACACUUUGAUCAUGAUGUGAAUUAUUGCAUCCAAAAAUCGAAGGCUGAAUUACUGUAAAUAUUUAUUGACUAAUUUUUAAAUUCUGUAUAUUUUGCCGUCAUGCUAAAAAGUGAAAAUAUUGGAUUUUUUUUAACUCACUUUGAAGUUUUAUAAUUAGUUGAUUUCUUAAUCUAUUUAAUUUGCUGUUUACAAACAACAUGGUUGUACAUUUUUAAUUGUAUUUAUGUUGUGCUCUGUAUAAAUGGCUGUCCGAACACUCCACAUGUAUGCAAAGUUCCCUCACUUGCCUGUCAACCGCUGAUGAUGAAGAAUAAAAAGAAGUCAACACUGUAAA